CGGGCCUGGCCGGGCCGCAGGGAGCGGGGCCUGACCCGGUAGGGCUUGGCCCGGAAGCCCGCCCCCCGCGGCCGCGUGAGCCUCCCUGGCAGGGGCGUGCUGCGGGGCCCGGUGCUUUCCGCUGCACGCCCCUUGGAGCCGGGGUCCCUGCUCGUCGCGGAGCCGCUAGCUCCCGAGCCGCGCCGCUGGUAGCGGUCGGUGAAAGCCCAGCUGGCCUGACCCUCUUCGUUUCUUUCCCCGGAGCGGCGCCGGAGAUGCUCAUCCACAUGGAUCAGAAGGAGGAACUGCGGUUGUCCCGCUCCUGCGAAGGGAAGAGUGCUCUGAGCGGCACCUCAGCUGAAGAUGGGAUUGUGAGCACGAAUGAAGACAAUGCCCAUCAAGGCAUACCCAGGCUAGUGGAGGCCAAGGGUUUCUGCUCAAGACUCUCCGAGGAGAACAGUUCCCAGGGUCGUGCACAGGACCCUGUUCUCCCACGCAGGUCAGAAAGGAUUCAGAGAUCCAAGGGCUUCCAGGUGAGCUCCAACUUCAUCCAGCAUCGGCGAAUCCACACUGGAGAAAAACCCUUCACCUGCACCGAAUGUGGGAAGAGUUUCCAUCACCGAUCACAUUUUAUUCACCACCAGAGCAUCCACACAGGGGUGUGGCCCUACAAGUGCUCUGAGUGCGGGAAGAGCUUCAGCGUGAGCUCGAAGCUGAACCAGCACCUGGUGACCCACACCGGGGAGAAGCCCUACAAGUGUGCCGAGUGUGGGAAUAGCUUCUCCAAGAACUCACAGCUUAUCCUGCACCAGCGGGUCCACACUGGGGAGAAACCCUACGAGUGCAGCACCUGCGGGAAGAGCUUCAGUGUGAGCUCGAGGCUGAUCCAGCACCAGUUAACCCACACUGGGGAGAAGCCCUACAAGUGUGCUGAGUGCGGGAAGAGCUUCUCCAAGAACUCGCAGCUUGUCCUGCACCAGCGGGUGCACACUGGGGAGAAACCCUACGAAUGCAAGACCUGCAGGAGGAGCUUCAGCAUGAGCUCGAAUCUGAUCCGGCACCAGUCAACCCACGCCAGGGAGAAGCCCUACAAGUGUGCCGAGUGCGGGAAGAGCUUCUCCGACAGCUCGCAGCUCCUCCAGCACCAGCGGGUGCACACUGAAGAGAAACCCUAUGAGUGUAUGGAGUGUGGGAAGAGCUUCAGUGUGAGCUCAUCCAUGACACGACACCAGCGGAUGCACACCGGGGAGAAACCCUACAAGUGCAGCACCUGUGGGAAGAGCUUCAGUGUGAGCUCAGCCCUGACACAACACCAGUGGGUCCACACCAGGGAAAAGCCCUUCAAGUGUGCUGAGUGCGGGAUGAGCUUCAGCGUGACCUCAGCCCUUACACGACACCAGCGGGUGCACACUGGGGAGAAACCCUACGAGUGCACGAACUGCGGGAAGAGUUUCAGUGUGAGCUCAUCCCUGACACGACAUCAGCGAGUCCACACCGGGGAGAAGCCGUACAGAUGUGCCGAGUGUGGGAAGAGCUUCUCUUACAAGUCAAAGCUCGUCCAGCACCAGUGGGUGCACACUGCGAAGGAACCCUACGAGUGCAGGAGCUGUGGGAAGAGCUUCAACUUGAGCUCAGCCCUGACACGACACCAACAAGUCCACACCAGGGAGAAACCCUACGAGUGUAUGGAUUGUGGGAAGAGCUUUGACCGGAGCUACGCGCUCAUUAAACACCUGCUGAUCCACACCGGGGAGAGGCCCUACAUCUGCACCUACUGUGGGGAAAGCUUUCGGCAGAGUCCCCACCUCAUCCGGCACCAGCGCAUCCACACCGGGGAGCGUCCCUACGUCUGUGCUGAGUGUGGGAAGGGCUUCAGAGUGAGCUCCAACUUCAUCCAGCAUCGGCGAAUCCACACUGGAGAAAAACCCUUCACCUGCACCAAAUGUGGGAACGUUUCAAGCACUGAUCACAUUCACCACCAGAGCAUCCACACAUGGGAGUGGCCCUACAAGUGCUCUGAGUGCAGAAAGAGCUUCAGUGUGAGCUUGAAGCUGAACCAGCACCAGGUAAUCCACAUGAGGGAGAAGCCUUACAAGUGUGGCACGUGCGGGAAGAGCUUCUGCGUGAGCUCGCAGCUUGUCCAGCACCAGCAGGUGCACAACGGGGAGAAAUUAUACCAGUGCAGGACCUGCGGGAAGAGCUUCAGUGUGAGCGAAGCCCUGACACGAUACCACUGUGUGCAAACUGGGGAUAAGCCCUACAAGUGUGCCAAGUGCGGGAUGAGCUUCAGCAUGAGCUCAGCCAUGUCUCGACACCAGCGGUUGCACACCAGGGAGAAACCCUACAAGUGCAGGACCUGCGGGAAGAGCUUCAGCGUGAGUGCAGCCCUGACACGACACCAGCGGAUGCACACUGGGGAGAAGCCCUACAAGUCUUCUGAGUGUGAGAAGAGAUUCACCAGGAACUCACAUCUUGUCCUGCACCAAUGGAUGCACACUGGGGAGAAACGCUACGAGUGUAUGGAGUGUGGGCAGGGCUUCAGGGAGAGCUCGAAGCUGAUCCAGCACCAGGUAAUCCACACUUGGGAGAAGCCCUACAAGUGUGCCAACUGCGGGAAGAGCUUCUACGGGAGCUCGCAGCUUGUCUGGAACCAGCGUGUGCACACCGCUGAGAAACCCUACGAGUGCAGGACCUGCAGGAAGAGCUUCAGCAUGAACUCAGCCCUGACACAACACCAACGGGUCCACACUGGGGUGAAACCCUACGAGUGCAGGACCUGCAGGAAGAGCUUCAGCAUGAACUCAGCCCUGACACAACACCAACGGGUCCACACUGGGGUGAAACCCUACAAGUGCAGGACCUGCGGGAAGCGCUUCAGUGUGAACUCAUCCCUAAUACUACACCAGCGGGUCCACACCGGGGAGAAACCCUAGAAGUGCAGGACCUGCGGGAAGAACUUCAGCGUGAGCUCAGGCUUGAAACAACACCAGUGGGUCCACACCCGUGAGAGGCCUUACAAGUGUGCUGAGUGCAGGAUGAGCUUCUCUGUUAACUCAAAGCUCGCCCGGCAUCAGCGGAUGCACAUUGGGGAGAAACCCUACGAGUGUACAGAUUGUGGGAAAAGCUUCAUCUGCAGCCCUACGCUCAAGAAACACCAACGUUUCUACACCGGAGAGAGGCCCUACAUCUGCACCUGCUGUGGGAACAGCUUUCAGCAGAAUUCCCACCUCAUCCGGCACCAGGGCAUCCAAAGACAGGGUCCCUACGUCUCUGCCGACUAUGGGAAGGGCUUCAGUGUGAGCUCGGCACUCUACCAGCACCAGCAGACCUACAGGGGUGGGGAGCCCUAG